AUGAACAAUGAUUCAGGUUAUGGUGUUGACGGUAAUCAGGUGGCAGCAACAUAUAGUAGGGAUAACUACCAGCGGCGGCAGCAACAGCACUACAAUGUCCCUCAGCAUGGGAGCAUGUCUCAGCAUAUGUUUUCUAGGUCCAAUCUGUCACUUUCUCAUCUGCCGCCUAUUCCCCAGCAGCCACAGCAUGGCGGCAAUAUAGGCCCCUACAUGUCCUCCCUUUAUUACAAUCCUUGA